AUGGGACAAAACUUGAUCCUUAACGCUGCUGACCAUGGUUACACUGUUGUUGCUUACAACAGAACUGUCUCCAAGGUUGACCACUUUUUGGAGAAUGAGGCUAAGGGCAAGAGCAUCAUUGGUGCCCGUUCCAUUGCCGAGCUUGCCGCUAACCUUAAGAAGCCCAGAAGAGUUAUUCUCCUUGUUAAGGCCGGAUCUGCUGUCGACAACUUCAUUGACCAAUUGUUGGAGCACUUUGAGAAGGGUGAUAUCAUCAUUGAUGGUGGUAACUCUCACUUCCCUGACUCUAACCGUCGUUAUGAGGAGCUUAAGAAGAAGGGUAUUCUUUUCGUCGGUUCUGGUGUCUCUGGUGGUGAAGAGGGUGCCCGUAACGGUCCCUCUUUGAUGCCCGGUGGACACGAGGAUGCCUGGCCCCACAUCAAGAGCAUCUUCCAAGACAUUGCUGCCAAGACUGACGGUGAGCCUUGUUGUGAUUGGGUUGGCCCUGCCGGUGCUGGUCACUUCAUCAAGAUGGUCCACAACGGUAUCGAGUAUGGUGACAUGCAACUUAUCUCUGAAGCUUAUGACCUUCUUAAGCGUGGUGCUGGUUUCACCGACAAGGAGAUUGGUGAUGUCUUUGCCAAGUGGAACAAGGGAGUUUUGGACUCUUUCCUCAUUGAGAUCACUCGUGAUGUUCUUUAUUACAACGACCCUGCUGAUGGCAAGCCUCUUGUUGAGAAGAUUCUUGACACUGCCGGUCAAAAGGGUACUGGUAAGUGGACCGCCAUCAAUGCUCUUGACUUGGGUAUGCCCGUCACUUUGAUUGGUGAGGCUGUCUUCUCCAGAUGUUUGUCUGCUAUCAAGGAGGAGCGUGUUCGUGCUUCCAAGGUCCUUACUGGCCCCACUCCUAAGUUCAAUGGUGACAAGGCAAAGUUUGUUGAUGAUCUUGAGCAAGCUCUUUACGCUUCCAAGAUUAUCUCUUACGCCCAAGGUUUCAUGCUCAUCCGUGAAGCUGGUAAGGAAUACGGUUGGGAGUUCAACAAUGCUUCCAUUGCCCACAUGUGGAGAGGUGGUUGUAUCAUCAGAUCUGUCUUCCUCGGUGAGAUCACCAAGGCUUACCGUGAGGACCCUCAACUUGAGAACUUGUUGUUCUACAGCUUCUUCAAGGAUGCUGUUACCAAGGCUCAAGAGGGCUGGAGAAACAUUCUCGGUGAUGCUAUCAAGUGGGGUAUUCCUACUCCUGCUUUCGCCACCGCUCUUUCUUUCUACGAUGGUUACAGAUCUGCUCGUUUGCCCGCCAACUUGCUCCAAGCUCAACGUGAUUACUUCGGUGCCCACACCUUCCGUGUCCUUCCCGAAGAUGCUUCUGACUCUCUCCCAUUGGGCCAAGACAUUCACGUCAACUGGACUGGUAGAGGUGGUACCGUUUCUGCUUCUACUUACAACUCUUAA